GUGCUUUGUCAUCAUUACUCAACGGCUACUUCUCUAAUCGUCUCUUUUCUUCUCCUCCUCUGUUUUAGGUUUCGACGGUACUCAAAUCCGGUUUGGUUAAUCUCUCGUCGAUUGUAAUGGAAGCGAGAACCGGCCGGUCUGUUCAAGAGCACCCAUCGACACCGGCGAUAACUGCGGCGCCGGUUCCUCCGCCUUCAACGCGGCGGCCGAGAGUGAGAGAAGUCAGCUCGAGAUUCAUGUCUCCGGUUUCAUCGUAUUCUUCAUCCUCCUCCUCCGGUGAUCUCCGUUCAAACUCUCCCAACCACCUUCACCACAAUCACCAGAAGUCUAGACGGCAGUUAAAGUUAUCAGGAGGUGAGAACCGAUCUUCCGAGACGGCGGCGCGUAGUCUAGACUCGCCUUUUCCUCUUCAACAAGACGGAGGAAAAAACCACCAGAAUCGUUCGAAGCCGUUGAAAGAGAACGGACACCGUCUCGACACCCCGACGACGACGGCGAUGUUACCUCCGCCGUCUAGAUCUCGAUUGAACCAGCAGCGUUUGCUUACCUCUUCAGCCGCGGCUAGGCUUCUCCGAUUAUCUGUCUCCACGGACAGUGAAGAGGAUAACGACAGAGAUAAUAAGUCCAACGGCUCAGAUCACGCAAAGCUCUUCAACACUCCCGCCGCCUCCUCACCUCUUCGCCGAUCCCUGAGUUCAUCUUGCGACGACGUUAGAGCUUCGUUGUCGAUUAAAGGUUCUUCGUUGCCUCCGGUGGCACCUAACUCGAAGAGUCAAGCCGAAACAAAGAGACAGAAGAAAGUUUUAGGACAACAAGCGGAUGCACACUGUCUGAAACUGCUUCAUAACCGUUACUUGCAAUGGAGAUUCGCAAAUGCAAGUGCUCAGGUCAAAGCACAAGCUCAGAGAGCUCAAGCCGAGAGGUUGUUUUAUUCCCAUGGUUUGAAAAUGUCAGAGCUCUCAGUCUCUGUACAGAAGAAACGCAUAGAGCUGCAAAGACUGUUGAGAGUAAAAGCUGUGAAGGACAUUGUGGAGUCUCAAAUUCCUUAUUUGGAACAAUGGACAACUCUUCUUGAAGAAGAAUACUCAACUUCAGUAUCAGAAACAUCUGAAGCUUUAUUGAAUGCUUCGUUGCGCCUCCCUCUGGAUGUUGAUAUCAAGGUUGAGACUAAAGAGUUAGCAGAAACACUUGAUGUUGCCUCCAAGUCUAUGGAAGGCAUUGUGCAAAACAUUGGAAAUUUUCUGGAUAAGACACAAGAGAUGGAGAUGUUGAUGUCUGAACUAGCUAGAGUAAGCAGCAAUGAAAAAGCAUCAGUAGAAGACUGUGGAGUUGCACUGCUUAAGACACAUUCAUCACAUAUUGAAGAAUGCUAUCUUAGAAGUCAGCUUAUUCAGCACCACCACCACCACCAGAAGUGUGAACUCCAAAGGAGCGAACAUUUUGUUUGAUGAUCUCUACACAAUACUUUACAUUACCAUACAGCACUGCAACAUACCACACACAGACAAGUAUUGAAGCUGAAGUAUUCUUGCGGGAAAGAAUAAAUUCCGACCAAUUAUUUACAUUUAGAACAAUGAGGCUUUGUAUAAUGUGUAUGUAUAAUAUGUAUGUAAGACUGUUAGUAUAUAUAUUUUAAUUUU